AUGUAUGGCAGCCUCUACAUGGCCUUCCUCCUGUCAGGUUUCUUCAAGCGCCUCUUUCUUCAACGUUUUGUCCCACCUAGCCUCUUCAAUGCCCUUCUGCCGGCUGUUCUAGGCCUUAUCAGCAACAGUGUCUUCUUGGCUGGCAUAUAUAGCGGCGACUGGAAGUGGGCCAGCAAUUUAAUCCUGUUUCUGAGUCGUCUUUGCUACGGCUGGUCAGUCUACUCCGGUGCUGACUUUGCUCGUCGAGCCAGCGUGGAGGCCAAACGACGCCAAAAGGAAGCCCUUACACUAGAGGAAAAGGUCGACAAUAUUGCUCCUGAUCUACAGGACCCAGCCUUUCAUGCGGGUGUCCUCUUGGCUCUAGUCAUCUGUCUCAUUCUCGAGGCCUGCCUUCGUCAGUUUGGUGCCCAGAUGGCGGAAUUCUACUCUAUGCUGAUUUUGUUGAUAUUCUCAACGCUGAUGUCUUCGGUCAGUGUGCCCUGCAUGUUUUCUAAGGUCAAACAAAUUCUGCGUCCGGCGCGAGAACCCCUCGUGGAGGAAGUGGUACCGGGCGACGAAGCUGGUGCCAGUUUAUCGCAAUCGGUCGAGGUGUGUCUUUUAUUUGACUCCUUUUUAUCCGCAGCCUUGUGUACCCCUCCACGUGCAUCUAUGGGCAGUUUCCGACCACAUGAUGCCUAG